AUGGGCAGGCCGUGUCCGUGCUCCGGCCUCCCCCAGAGACCCAGCCUCCGCACGCGCGGCACACCGCACCACGCGGCUCACCGGCCCACCCGGUCGAAUGCAUCCGGCCGGCUGAGUCCCGCGCUCCGUCCGUGCGCCGCGCCGCGGCUGCGACGCGCGGCUCCAUUGCACCUCACUGGGUGCAACGCCGGCCGCGAGCCACGUCAGCUCGGGGCGCGGGCGCGGCGCGCAUCGACGCGUGCGCACGCGCGGUUCGACGCGAAGGCUUUCUACGCGAUCGAGUCGUGGGACGAAGGCACGCUCGACGUCGGCGAGGCCACGGGAGAGCUGCAGCUACGCGUGCCGGGUCCCCCGGGGCGCAUUUGCGCCGUGUCUCUGCGGGAGGUGGUCGCGGAGGCCGAGGCGCACGGGUGCACGACGCCGCUGCUCGUGCGCGCGCCGAGCAUCGCCGUGCAGCAGAUGCGGAAGCUCCUGGACGCGUUCGACCACGCACGUCAGAGGUUCAGCUACGACGGGCGGGCGGCGGUGAUAUACCCGAUCAAGUGCAACGCGGACCACGAGAUUAUAAGAGCGCUGCUCGCGGGAGGGGCCGCCGGGCUCGAGGUGGGCUCGGUGGCGGAGCUGGCGUACGCGGACCAGCUGAUAGCGCAGACGGCGCGCGCCGGCGACCGCCCGUUCCGCAUCGUCUGCCACGGAUGGAAGGACAAUGCGUACCUUGAUGCGGCGACAGCGGCGGCGAGGAACGGAGCGCGGGUGUGCGUCGUGCUCGAGUCGGCGUCGGAGGCCGCACGCGUGUGCAGCCACGGCAUCCUCGAGGUGCCGGGGGUGUCGCUGGGCGUGCGUCUACAGCUCUCGAGCGCGCACGACGGGCACUGGGGGGUGUCUUCGGGGGAGUCUUCGAAGUUCGGGCUCGGUCCUUGCAGUAUGACACAUGUCCUGGACAUCGUCAGGGGGGCGCGGGUGCUGGACAAGCUCGACCUGCUGCACUUCCACCUCGGAAGCCAGAUUCCGGACAUUGCGGUGGUCAAGGACGCCCUGCGCGAAGCCUCCCAGUAUUUCGCGGAGCUCGUCGGCCAGGGAGCGCCCAUCUCGUCGAUCGACGUCGGCGGCGGGCUCCCAGCAGGGGGUCUUGCAGCACACUCCCCCACCACGCCCGCCGCGGCCUCCCCGGCGGCCUCCGCGCCCCUCUCCCCCAACUACGACGUCCAGGCCUACGCGAACGACGUCGUCGCCGCGCUCUCCGACAUCUGCACGCGGCGCAACCUCGCGCCUCCGCACAUCGACCUUGAACACGGCCGCUACCUCGUCGCGCCGGCCUCGCUGCUCGUCGUCGACGUCGUCGAGCGGCGACGCGUGCGCGGGCGCGAAGCCCCGCGCGCGGCGUCCGUCCCGCCCGGCGCGUCCGACGCCACGACCGACGCCUGCGCGUUCCUCCUCGCGACGCUGCGGGAGGUGCGGGAGGACCUGCGGCGCGUCGUGGCGUCCGGGGCCAGCGACGGCGCCGUCGUGGCGCGUGCGAGGGAGGCGCGGGCGGACGCGGCGCAGUUCCGGAAAGAGGGGCGGAGCAUGUUUGGGCUGGGGUUGAUGACGCUGGGGCAGCGGGCGCAGCUUGAGGCGCUGUGCGGGGAGAUCGAGGCGGCGGCGGACCAGGCGUUCGACGAAAGGAGCGAGGCGCUCGACCAUCCGACAGAGGUGUACAUGUGCAAUUUCUCCGUGUUCCGGUCGCUCCCGGACGCCUGGGCGCUGCAGCAGGCCUUCCCCGUGGUCCCCGUCACGCGCCUGAACGAAGCGCCGACGCAGAAAGCCGUCGUUGUCGACCUGACAUGCGACUCAGACGGACAGUUGCCGGUGUACGUGCCGUCGCCCGCCGCGCCCGCUCCGGGUACGUCGUUGUGGCUGCACGAGGUCGGUGCGGAGCGGUACCUCCUGGCGGUGCUGCUCGAGGGUGCGUACCAGCAGGCCCUGGGGAGCGGCCACAACGGAGUGGGGACGAUGAGCACGGCGUACGUCCGGUGCAGCGGCGGGGACGCGAGGCCGUACCGUUUCGUGCCGGGGGAGCGCGUGCGUUACUCGCACGGUGGUGUCGCGCCUGGCAGUGCGAGUGAGGCAGAACGGGCCAGCGGCGCGAAACAGAUGUGA